AGAAAAUGACGACAUUAACUCCAGUUCAGCAGUAUUACAAAGACAAGACCAUAUUUAUUACCGGUGCGACAGGGUUUAUGGGCAAGGUCCUUAUCGAAAAGUUGCUCUAUUCAUGCAGUGAAUUAAAGGAAAUUAUUAUUAUUUGUCGACCCAAAAGGGGUAAAAGUCCACAGUCACGACUGGAGGAAAUUUGGAAGGCACCCAUUUUCCAACGCAUCAAAGAUGAAAAACCACAUGUGCUGAAAAAGGUCACAAUGUUUCAGGGUGACAUUACAUUGGAAUAUUUAGGCCUCGGCGAUGAGGAUUUAAAAUAUGUUGCCGAAAAUACAAAUAUUGUUUUUCACAUGGCCGCUUCGCUGAAAAUGGAAUGCCCCCUUACCGAAUCGAUUAACAUGAAUUUAGCUGGAACGCGCCGAUGUCUCGAUGUCGCUAAGAAAAUGCAGAAACUUUGUGCCUUUGUUCAUCUCUCGACAACAUUUUGUAAUUACGAUCAGAAGGUACUGUACGAACAGGUAUACGAAGUAAAACAAAAACCCGAAGAUUUAAUGCGUUUAGCGGAAUGGAUGGACGUGAAGACAUUGGAUUCGAUACGAAGCGAUUUAAUUAAACCACAUCCGAAUAAUUAUACCUACACGAAACGAUUAACGGAGAUAUAUGUUCGCAAUCAUUAUGCGACGAUGCCGGUUAUUAUAGCGCGACCAAGUAUAGUCACCUGUGCCUAUAAGGAACCCCUGGAAGGUUGGAUCGAUAACAUGAAUGGUCCCGUUGGCCUCGCCAUUGCUGGUGGCAAAGGUGUCCUUCGUUCCUUGAUGUGCGCCGCCGAUGCUAAAGUUGAAAAUAUUCCAGUCGAUCAUGCCACAACGGGCUUGAUUUUUAUUCCCCAUUAUGUUAAUGAAAUGAAAACGAGACCCGCUGAAAUUCCGGUUUUCAAUCUCACCCUGGGCGAGGAUCAAAAAACCACCAGUCGAUGGGUGGUGGAAAAAUCCAUGGAAUUCAAUAAUGAAUAUCCGUUGACCAUGCCACUGUGGUAUCCCAAUUGUAACCUGACAAUGAACAGAUAUUAUCAUUGGUUCAGUGUCAUAUUGUUUAUGUGGCUGCCGGCGCUGUUAGUGGAUUGUCUGCUGACUCUGUGUGGUCAGAAGAGAUUCUUAUUGCGUGCCCACAAACGUCUAAUGGCCGGUUUGAAAGUUUUGCAAUUUUUCACCACCAAAGCAUGGAAUUUUCAAAAUCCCAAAUAUAUUGAGCUAUGCGAAUCGUUGACACCCGAAGAAAAGGCAAUCUUCCCCACUCCGCUACAAUUCGACAAGGAUGAAUAUAUGUUCAAUUGCUGUAUUGGCGCCCGACAAUAUGUCUGCAAGGAGCCCAUGAGUAAUGUACCCCGGGCCAAGGUUAUCUAUAGAAUCAUGUACAUUUUGGAUCGUGUCUGCAAAAUUCUAAUCUGCAGUUGGUUCUUUUAUUGGCUAUCUAUGAAGUUGGGCGUUGUCGAUUAUUUGUGUUACAUUAAUCCGUUACAUCUGUUGACACCGGUAAAACAAUAG